GCACCUCCUCCUCCUCCGGGGAAGACGCCUGGCAUGCCACCAGGCAUCCCACCAGGCAUCCCACCAGGCAUCCCACCAGGCAUUCCUCCAGUACUCUGUGGAUUCUGCAGCGUCAUAACAGAGUUCGAGUCAAACUGCUGAUCCAUGAAACCAUGAGAGGGCGACACUUCCCCUUACAGCUGAGACAGUAGGUUGAAGUUUCUCUGAUGCACUAUCCACAUCCAUCCAUUCAUGCACCAAUCGUUUUGAUUGAUAAGUGUUCUCUGAGUCAUUUCAUCACAGUUUAUAAACGCCUCUCAUAGCUGCCGACAUGUCAUAUAUGUCAUUAAAAGCAAGUUACUGUGGCAUAAAUUAAAUGAAAAUAAACACGAAUGAUGUCAAUUGUGUAGGUCUGUGACAUAUGGCUGUAGCACAACCACACGUACAACGUUUCAGGGGUAGCAAAACAUUCAUGUCCUACCUGGAUGGAGCUGUGGUUGCAGACUGUUGCAGUGACUCUCCUCCACCAGAUCAACACAGGCAGAAGAUUACAGCAUCACUUGUGUAUAAAUCCUCCCCCCAGCCAAUCAGCUUGCAGAACAGUCAGCUUCCAGUACAUUCUGGCUCGUUCCGUUUGAGCCUUCUGUCCUCUGAUUGGCUAAAAAAAAAACCCAGGGAUGCUGUUGAAUAAAAAAUAAAAAAAAGAGAGAGAAAUAACAGGAAAGUUCCAGGGAUAUUCCUCAGAGGUUUCAGUGAAUAAGUAGAGACAACAACUCAGUAAGUAACUGAUUGUGAUGAACAGUAAUGGAGCUUAAAUUCUCAUCAUCAGACAAACUAUCCUCACAAGCAGGUCUCAAACUCAUGGUUUGAGGGCCAUAUGUGGCCACCCCUAUUGGCCAGACCUGCUCUAGAGCAACAAGAUAUCACAAAAUCAUCAUCAUAUUUAUCAAGGUGUGUUAUAGAUCACAUCACAGUAUAAUCAUCAUAUCAACACGCAUUAGCUGUCAACACCUGUUCCACAAAUAAAUCAUUCUACAAAAUAAUCAAGGUGGUUUUCUUCAGAAACUCUUCAAACCACAAUGUGACCUAUUGAUCUUUUUAUGAUAAUUGUCAGUAUGAGGUCACAGCUGCAUCAUCGUCAUCAUAUUUCAGUCUUAACUACUACUACUCCUAUCAUGCUUGUGAGUAUUAAAUGUAUCUUAAAACCCGUUUUUAUUCUUUGUUUUUACCUGUUUUUUAUUGGACAACUUGGUUAUUUGUGGUGUUCUCAAUAUGGUCUCUACUGUAUUUUAUUGUUUUGUUGUUUGUUUUAAGGUCGUACGUUUCUAUAUUUUAUGUAUCUUUUGUUCCAGCUGUUGUUGUUUUUAAAGUGCUUCUUAAAUCAAUAAAAUUGGAUUGGAUUGGAGUCAGAGAUAAAGUGUAUCAUGUACGGUCUGUUUGUGGAAGUUUAGCAAAACUCAGGGGGGUCUUGUGAAGCACUUUAAAGCAACCACAGUGGAUCAAAGUGCUGUACUAAUGAUACAUAAAAUACACAAUUAAUAAAAGGCACAAAUGUAAACGUAGCCGCCAAAAAUAAACCACAAACAAAAAAUAACUGCGUGUGCCAGACAAAUUCAGUGUGAGUUAAAUACUUCUACUGGAUUAUCAUGUCCACAACUAACUGAUAAUAUACUGUCACUUUCCCUUCACUACUCUCACCCAGACUCUAUCUGUACUCAGGAAACCAAAGACUUGUUCAGAGCACGUUUACCUCAGUGAUGUGUGGUUUCGGUGAGAAAAUCAAACAAAUAUUAUGUUAAAGGCAGUGAAAUAAAACCAGAGAAUGAAAAUAACAACAUAGGAAUUGUUACUCCAAUCAAAAAUACUGACAUAUUUUUCAUUAAAUCUCUUAAAAUAUUGGUAGAAGGAUCAGUGGGAUAAAGUUUCAGAAAGAGGAGAGUAUACAAUAUAUACUGCAUGACAUGCAGUUUAACCUUUUACUUUCACUGUUUGGGUUUUGCCUGAGAAUCCCUAAAUAAAAUAAAAUGAGUGGAAACCACACAGCAGUGAUGUCACGGAAGGUCCCUCCACACAGAGUACAAAUACAAUCAAGUGUUGAGGAAGCGCAUCAGUGUGACCGUUGGUGAGUUAGAGUGUGAGAUGGAAGUGAAGCUGCUUCUCACUGUUUUCAUGCUCCUCGUACGGGCUUCACUCUCAGUGUGGCAGCGUGUGACCGUGAUGAAAGAUCACACUCUCCACUUGAGCUGCCCCAUCAUUAACCACAAGACCAUGACGGAGUGGAGGAACCCAAAAGAAAACGUUAUGUUCUUUAAUGGCCAGAGAGCUUUAAAGAACAAGCGCUACAGGAUCGACAGACUGUCCAAUUCAGAGUUCUCCAUCAGUAUUUCCAACGUCACCUUCAAAGAUGGAGGCAUCUACACAUGUUCCCACUACGGCGACAACAUAAACGAGAAGAAAGUGGAGGUGACCGUGUUAGGUCUUCCUAAAAUUAGCGUAACAAACCACGAGGGACAGGUGGUCGUGAAAUGCACCGCUGAGGGGAACCACCAUCCUCCACAGAUCUCCUGGAAACUGGACCAUGGGCCUGAAUUUCAUAAUCAUGCCCACGUCCAUGUUGAAGAGGACAAAUUUGUCUCCACUGGUUUGAUUUAUGUUCAGCCCGCGAGGAACAGAGUGACUGUGAAAUGCCUCGCUCGACAUCCAGCCAUGCACUCGUCACCUCUGAUGGACUUCAAAAUUAUCAGACGUGGACGACAGCCAACGAAACUCAACACCACAACUACAACAGCUGUGUCCAUCACUCAUCCUCAAGGGUCAGCAGAGGUGCCGAGGACGACGACCGGCCGCGGGUCCAGAUAUGAAGACGCGACAACAGCGUCCCUCACAGUCACAGACACGAAUGAGCCUCCGUCGGCCACCCCCUCCACUGAGACGAUCACAGCACCCACCAGGUUUCACGUGACCCCGGUGACAUCGACAGGCUCGCAUCUCAGCACGAGCGGCCGCACGUCUGCGUCUGCGACAACAGAGGAGAUUGUGUCCUACAACAGCACAGAGAAAAACACAACAGGAAGCACUGAUGAUCCACGAACACGAAGAGGAAGUAGGGGAAAUUCGUCGUUGCUGAUCUUCCUGGUGACGUGCCUGAUUUUCUUUCUUCUGGUGGUGGUCAUAUUCUUUGCCAUCAAGCUGAGGAGAGCACACAACGUCUGGAGGAAAGAGAAUGAGGAGUCUGAUCCUUCAGAAGAUAGCAGUAAAUCCAAAUCGAGCAAUGAGGACAAGAACGCCAAAGGACAAAGACAAAGAGGACUCUUCAACAUAACACAAGCAUUUACACAGUACGUCACUGAGGAACCAGUAGUGACACCAUCGAACCCAGACACUAUGACACAAACACACAUUGUCGACAUAGAGCAGACGUUACAACCUCAGAUUUCCAACAACAUAAAGGAGACGGAGUUGUGAAUCCUGUAAAAUAAAUCGUCCCACAAAAAUGUUUAUAAUUGAAGAUCUGUUGUGUCCUGUAUAAAUGCUACUGUUUGUUUAGGUGUAAGAAUAAAUUAUAUUUUUUAUAACUUGUGUAGAAAGAUUGAUGGUAUUUUUUGCACAUUAUCUGUAGCUUUUUUUACUUUUUGCUGCUAUUAUCUUUUCUUAACCCUCAGGCGUCAUUAUUUCUUCUUGAUCUGGCUUAAUUUUGGCUGUGUAAGUGCAUAUGGAACAAUAUUUUGUAAGAAAAUCUCUCUCUUGACAAAUUUUGGAAUUUAAAUUCGAAUUUAUAAUAGAUCAGUAGACCACUGUGAAUUUGUUUUGCCAUACUAUUAAGUCCAGGACAAAAUCGUCUGAUCAACUUCAGUCCUGAUAAAAAACUAUAACAUAUUGAAUGACCCUUUAAAUGCCAGUUUGAUGAUUAAAAUCCUCAAAGUUAUUGAAUGAUCUGAAGUUGUUCAAUGCAGAAAAAAUUAUUAAUCUGUAAAGAUUUUAUAGCCAUUUUUUGGAAGUGGACAUUUUUGUCCUUAAUGACUUUGGAGGGUGGUAAAUUAAACUGAAGCCUGAGGGUUAAUCCGAUUCAUUAGACCCUUUGACACAUUUAUCUUAAAUUAAGAUAAUAUCGAUUCUGUCAGUAUAACCUUUCACAUGUUUGCUGUAGUUUUUAUGAAACAGAAAAUGAGUAAAAUACAUGUUUAGAGCUAUAGUCAGAGGGCAAGUAUAGACAUGUUUAUAACUGACGUAGUGCUGCGUACUGUAUAAAAGCUGUGAACUUUUGUUCAUGCGUAAGAAUAAAUUAUAUUUUUCUCGAA